GCCGGAAGCCUCGAGCAGCCGGCGCCGUCUCUGCCCCCGGGCCUCCUAUGGCUUGAAGAGCCUUGCCACCCAGUGGCCCCGCCGCCCCAAUGGAUCCCCUGAACCUUUCCUGGUACGAGGAUGAUCUGGAAGGACGGAACUGGAGCCGGCCCUUCAAUGGGUCGGAAGGAAAGGCAGACAGGCCCCACUAUAACUACUAUGCCAUGCUGCUCACCCUCCUCAUCUUUAUCAUCGUCUUUGGCAAUGUGCUGGUAUGCAUGGCUGUAUCCAGAGAGAAGGCUUUGCAGACCACCACCAACUACCUGAUAGUCAGCCUUGCUGUGGCCGAUCUUCUGGUGGCCACACUGGUCAUGCCCUGGGUCGUCUAUCUAGAGGUGGUGGGCGAGUGGAAAUUCAGCAGGAUUCACUGCGACAUCUUUGUCACUCUGGAUGUCAUGAUGUGCACAGCAAGCAUCCUGAACCUGUGUGCCAUCAGCAUCGACAGGUACACGGCCGUGGCCAUGCCCAUGCUGUACAACACUCGCUAUAGCUCCAAGCGCCGAGUCACUGUCAUGAUUGCCAUUGUCUGGGUCCUCUCCUUCACCAUCUCCUGCCCACUGCUCUUUGGACUCAACAACACAGACCAGAAUGAGUGUAUCAUCGCCAACCCUGCCUUCGUGGUCUACUCCUCUAUCGUCUCGUUCUACGUGCCCUUCAUCGUUACUCUGCUGGUCUAUAUCAAAAUAUACAUCGUCCUCCGCAAGCGCCGAAAGCGGGUCAACACCAAGCGCAGCAGCCGCGCGUUCAGAGCCAACCUGAAGACCCCACUCAAGGGCAACUGUACUCACCCUGAGGACAUGAAACUCUGCACCGUUAUCAUGAAGUCUAAUGGGAGUUUCCCAGUGAACAGGCGGAGAAUGGACGCUGCCCGCCGAGCUCAGGAACUGGAAAUGGAGAUGCUGUCAAGCACCAGCCCACCAGAGAGAACCCGGUACAGCCCCAUCCCUCCCAGUCACCACCAGCUAACUCUCCCCGAUCCAUCCCAUCAUGGCCUCCACAGCAACCCUGACAGUCCUGCCAAACCAGAGAAGAAUGGGCAUGCCAAGAUUGUCAACCCCAGGAUUGCCAAGUUCUUUGAGAUCCAGACCAUGCCCAACGGCAAAACUCGGACCUCCCUUAAGACGAUGAGCCGCAGGAAGCUCUCCCAGCAGAAGGAGAAGAAAGCCACUCAGAUGCUUGCCAUUGUUCUGGGUGUGUUCAUCAUCUGCUGGCUGCCCUUCUUCAUCACGCACAUCCUGAACAUACACUGUGACUGCAACAUCCCGCCAGUCCUCUACAGCGCCUUCACAUGGCUGGGCUAUGUCAACAGUGCCGUGAACCCCAUCAUCUACACCACCUUCAACAUCGAGUUCCGCAAGGCCUUCAUGAAGAUCCUGCACUGCUGAGUCUGCCCCCGCCCUCACAGCAGCUGCUUCCCGCCUUCCUGCCCAGGCAGGCCGGACUGCACCCCUGCGAGCUGUGGGCAGAAAGGCCCAGACAGACUUGGCCUUCUCCCGACCCAGCAGGCCCUGCAGUGUUAGCUUGGCUCGGUGCCCCUCUCUGCCCACACAUCCUCAUCCUGCCGGGGUAGGGCCAGGGAGACUGGUAUCUUACCAGCUCUAGGGUUGGACCCAUGGCUCAGGGCAGCUCACAGAGUGCCCCUCUCACAUCCAGACCUUGUCUCCUUGGCACCAAAGAUGCAACGGCUUUCUCUGACCUUUCUCUGGGUCACCAGAGUUCCUAAAGCCAGAAACUAUGUCAAUGGCCAAGCACACCCUGGCGGCUGGCUUGGCCUGGCCCUUGCUUGUCUGUGUCGGAUCAGGUGGUGGGAGGGAGACAGUUCUUAUUUCACAGGGACUGCACAGAAAAGCAGGGAACACGCCAAGGCCUCCAGGCCACACUAGUGUCGGGAGACACAUAUAAACACCAGAUAGCUCCACAGACCCCAGAGAAAACUGAGGCUGAAAAUCUGUUUUCUACCCCAACUCCAGUGUGAGCCACUUCUUUUCCUAGAAGUGGGUGCCACUAUGUCCGACCUUGUUAUAGCACCCCAUGUGGUUUUUGUGCCAUUUUGGGGGGAUGGGAACAACUCUAAUCCUCAAGGGCCCCAAGAAGGACUGUAAGGAGAAAACUAGCUGAUCUCCUUCUACCCUCCAACCCACUCUGCCACUCCUGACCUGCCUUGGACAUAUCCAUUCCUCACAGCCGUUCCCAUGCUGACCAGCCUGGGAAGUCAGGCCUUGGACCAGUGUUGGGGCUCAAGCUGGAGGUGGUAGCUUGGGGCUCUUUGGGGAGUGAUGACCUCUUCUAUCUCCCACUUUUAUUCCUUUCCAGUGCCUCUGCCUUAGAGGAGGCUGUGGAUGGGGGCGGGGGUGCUGCUGAGAUCAUUGGACCUGGCCUAGUCCAGCCUUGAGUGGGGACGGGAAGCUGCAGCUUGGAGGGUCCUGGGCUCCAACUCUGUAACAUCACUAUACAUGCACCAAACCAAUAAAACUUUGACA